AUGAAGUACCUCGCCGCCUACCUGCUCCUCGCCCUUGCUGGCAACGAGGCCCCCUCUUCCGACGACAUCAAGGCCGUCCUCUCCUCCGUCGGCAUUGACGCUGAGGGUGACCGUCUCGAGAAGGUCAUCUCCGAGCUCCAGGGCAAGGACCUCCAGGAGCUGAUCUCCGAGGGCUCUGCCAAGCUCGCUUCCGUCCCCUCCGGCGGUUCUGCCGCUGCUGCCCCUGCCGCUGCCGCUGCCGGUGGUGCCGCCGCUCCCGCUGAGGAGAAGGUUGAGGAGAAGGAGGAGGAGUCCGAUGAGGACAUGGGCUUCGGUCUCUUCGAUUAA